AGUUGAAUGAUUAAUAAAAUAUAAAGGAGUUAUAACAGCGCUUACCAGUGUGACAUUAUUGUAAAGAAGCGUUUUGGAAAAAUGGAGGAUGAUGCACCGGUUAUUUAUGGCCUUGAGUUCCAGUGUCGUGCUUUGACCCCUCAGACGGCUGAAACUGAUGCUAUAAGGUUUCUAGUGGGCACCCAGUCUUUCAAAUUUGAUAAUCAGAUUCACAUCAUUGACUUUGAUGAUGAAAACAAUAUCAUUAAUAAGAAUGUGCUCCUGCAUCAAGCUGGCGAAAUAUGGAACAUCAGCGCCAGUCCUGCUGAUAAAGGAGUGCUGACCACAUGCUACAAUAAAAUUUCAGACAGCCGUGUGCUGACCUGUGCAGCGGUGUGGAGGAUGCCCCCAGAAUGCGAAUCAGACAGCCACGAAUCCCCGGAUGAUUCGGCCCACAGCCCACAGGCCCUGCAGCUCCUCUGUCACCUUGACAACGCGGCCCACGGCAACGUGGCCUGUGUGUUAUGGGAGCCGAUGGGCGACGGCAAGCGUGUGAUCUCUCUGGCUGAAAGCCACUUGGUGCUCUGGGACCUUCAGGAAAGCUCUACCAAGGGCACGGUCUCCGGGAGUGCCACGCUGGAAGGCAAAGGGCAGCUGAAGUUCACCUCGGGAAAGUGGAGUCCGCACCACAACUGCACCCAGCUGGCCACCGCAAACGACACGGCCAUCCGCGGGUGGGACCUCCGCAGCAUGAGUCAGAUCUACUGCAUUGAGAAUGCCCACGGGCAGUUGGUACGUGACUUGGACUUCAACCCCAACAAGCAGUACUACUUGACCAGCUGUGGGGACGACUGUAAGGUCAAGUUCUGGGACGUAAGGCAUAUCAACGAGCCUGUGAAAACCCUGGAGGAGCAUUCUCACUGGGUGUGGAGUGUGAGGUAUAACCACUCACAUGACCAGCUGCUGCUUACAGCCAGCAGUGACAGCCGGGUGAUCCUGUCCAACAUGGUCUCCAUUUCCUCAGAGCCCUUCGGCCACCUGGUGGAUGAUGACGACCUCAGUGACAGCGAGGAGCCUCAUCAUGAGGAAAAGAGUAAAGAGCCGUUGCAGGACAGCAUCAUCGCUACAUAUGAGGAGCAUGAGGACAGCGUGUAUGCAGCAGAAUGGUCUUCAGCUGAUCCUUGGCUCUUUGCUUCACUCAGUUACGAUGGCAGACUGGUCAUUAACAGAGUGCCCAGAGCUCUAAAAUACGGGAUCUUACUGUAGCGUGACUUAUUAAAGUGGUGAGCGAGGUUAAAACUGUUUCCUGAAUGUAGAAUGUAACAAAAUAACAGACCAGAGUAGAACAAAUGCUAGUAAGUAAACAAGGAGGAACACAACAGCAUGUACGGUGGCCGAAAGUGCAAAUGAGCGUCGGUCACGUUUAUAACACACAGCCGUUAUUAACACUACCAAUUAAAGGCAUCCCACAAAGCAGCGGGUCGGCCGCGAUGCCGUUUGAAGACGAGAGGGCCGGAGGGCAUCGAGUUGCGUCUGGCUUUGAAAAAGCCCCCGGAUUGGAUAGCCAGCGCCCGUUCUGUUAGUUCUGUUAGUUCUUUUAGAAGUUCCCUUCAUCUCGCCCAGCCUCGGGCAGUGAGCGCCUGGCACCGUGCCCUACCACUGAGCAAAAAGUGCAGCCACGAAGAACAGCGUGCCAGGAGCAGCAUGGAACAGCGGGGCCACUCUCCUCUAGACUUCCUUUCUCCUCUCUUUGAGUUACCCUGAGUCAACAAAGUCCAGAUCUGCUACGCAAAUCCAUACCAAGUCUAGCGUCUAACGAGAUGACCAAAAGUAUGUUGACACCCUUACACUCCAUAUAUCCAUAUGUGUCUUUUGGGACUGUUUUUACUGCUCACUGAGUCCAGUGGUGCUGUGCUGUACACCGCAGCACUUUACAUUGGGUCUGUUCGAAAACCUAGUGAGCUGCCUUGCUGCCUACCUAUGCAGCUGCCUAAGUAGAGAGGAUUCUAAUAAGACAUCAAACUUAUAAGGCAGGUUAUUUAGACGCACUACUUAGACAGCGAUUACGGUGAUUACGUCAACACAGUCAGCCUCAGGCCAUUCAAACCAAUAGGCUGAGGUGGCACAACCCACUAGCAUGCCAGCUAACAUCUUCCUCUCUUUACCGAAUACAGUUAAAUUGUCACUGACAAGCCUGAAUUUGCACAUAAAUAACACUUGUGCUUUUAUACAAAUUAAAAAUCAGUCAUUAUUUAUUUACAUUUGAAAAGAACGUUCGUUGCUCCGCAUUUGUCCGCCAUAUUUGUAUAUUUAUAUAGGCGUCCAAUUGCCCGAUUGCAUCAUGCUUCCUUUCCACCAAUGCCAAUCCCCGCUCUGAUUGAGGAGAACAAAGCUAACCCACGCCCCCUCCGACACGUGGGCAGCAUGCCGUAUGCAUCUUAUCACCUACACUUUGACGAGUGCAGUGCAGCUCAGCGUUGUGUACGGAGAGACACACCCUGAGAGCACUCUUUUCUCAUCUCUGUGCAGGCGCCAUCAGUCAGCCAGCAGAGGUCGUAAUUGCACCAGUCAUGCGAGAGAGACCCCAUCCGGCUUAGUCCCGCCCAUAUCUGAACAACAGGCCAAACAACAGGCCCAAUACGAUGUAUUCGAGAUCCCAGCUCUGGUUCCAGCAUGUGAUUUUACCGCUGUGCUACCUGAGCGGCAUAUUUGUAAUUUUUUAUGAGAAAAGUUGUGCCGCACUGAAUUCUGGGAUUGCCUUCAGCGCUAAGAAAGCAUUUGACACAUUUGCGUUACUUAGUCAGAUUAUCGAUUAGAAUUAAGGCACCUCAUUAGGCAGCAUUUUAAGGUUUCUAUGCUCUCUAUGUAGAGAGCUCACUAGGUUUUUGGUCAGACCCAUUGUGUCUGCUUUUUUCAGAUUGUGUGGUUUUGAAGCUGUUGUUGAUCCUGGAUGUUUUUACUUUAAGUUUACAGCACUUAAUGUUGACCAAAGCUGAUUCCGUAGUUUAAAAAAUCUAUUGACCUUUUAAAAAAGAGAUACCUUUUGACAGUGCCGGUCAUUAGGCUCUUUAGUAUGUUCUGUAUGACCUGUUCUGCUACCAGUGUUUGUCUGUGAGGAUUGCAUGGCUGUAUGCUUGAUUUCAUGCUCUUCUUGACAUGCAGUAAUGCACUAAUUAGGAGUGGUGUCCACUUAUUUUUGGCUGUGUGUUGUACUAGCUGUGCAUUGUUAAAUAAAGCGCUGUAUGUAAAACUAAAA